CUGCGCCCCUUGACUCAAUUAGUAUUUACAAAUUGGAACGCUGAUAAAAAAGUGAAUAAAAUUGUUGCAUCGCAGGCGAAAGUGUCAUCAAAUGGACUCAGCACAGGAAGACGGGUCCUGUACGGAUAUAUUUCUGGUCACGGCAAACGUUGGCAGCUUGUUCGAGGACCCGGAGAGGCUUCUUCAGCUAUGGCUAAACGAAUUCCUCGCCAAAAUAUCCCACGUUCAGCCCCGUUUUCUGGCACUUCACCUCCAGGAAGUGGGCGGAAAGACGUAUGAGAAGUCCAUGGAAUAUGUCCAGGAGUUUAUUAGAUGCCUCUGCGAUGCCCCCGAAAUGGCCGACUUCACCUGCGUACACAUCUUCAUGGACGAGGACUUCAAGUCGGCCGAGCACUUUACGGCCCUUGGAAGUCUUUAUUUUGUCCAUAAGGAUGUUGUAUCGUUGAAAAUAUGGAAUUUCCUAACCCACAGUUGGGAAGAAAGUCUUCAAGAUAUUAAAGAUAAACAUAUCUAUUCAGGAAAUAUUGAAACUAUUGCCACCAAGGAAAAGUCUAAAUUCCCACAGCAUUUCUUUCCGGAGUGUAAAUGGUCCCGGAAAGGCUUUAUGCGAACACGGUGGGAAAUAAAUGGCACAGUCAUCGAUCUAGUCAACAUUCAUUUAUUCCAUGAUGCUUCUAAUUUGGCUGCAUGCGAAAAUUUUCCUUCCGUUUAUUGUAAGACGCGGAGAAGAGCCCUAGUUCAUACAAUUGAAAGGUUCCAUUUGGACGAACAGAAUGGCACUGUGCCAUUUUUCCUCUUCGGGGAUUUUAAUUUUAGAUGUGACACUGAAGGCGUUGUGAAAGAAUUAACUGAAAAUUUGACGCCUCAUCGCGUUCAAAAUGUCAAGAAUGAAAACGAUAAAAUCCAUUAUCGUAACUCAACUGGAAACAACGUACUUACCGUUGGAAAAAAAGAAUUUAGUCAUGCCGACCACCAACUUAAGUUUAAAGAAGAUUGGCUAAAGAAAUUUGACAGAGAACUGGAGCCUCUUAAAGAUGUCCUAGUCGAAUAUCCCAUUAAGUUUGUGCCGUCAUAUCCCUUCGAAGAAGACCCAGAAAUGCCCACCGACUAUAUGUCCACUCGCUGUCCGGCCUGGUGCGAUAGGAUUCUAAUGAGUCCCCAAGUCCAUGAGAUUAUUCGGGGUGAUGAUUGGACAUAUGGAAUGAUCGGUGAAGGAGUAUGCAUGGGUGACCACAAGCCUGUUUACUUAACUGUCCGUCUUAAACCAAACAAAGGUACUUAUAGAUCUUGUGAUUGCAACUACACGAAUACUUACGCCAAACCCAACAAUAUAUCAACAUCACCUCUGCCCGCAGUCAAACUGAAAUAUUGUCCCUAUUCGAAUAAGCUCUUUGAGGAUAUAGCCACCAGUUCAAAGUUGAUUAACGAAACGGAAGCUCACAAUUUGUACAAUUCAAUGAAAAUUAGUCAAGACGACGAGGCGGGCAAAACGACUUCCUCGAAUUUCCCCAAUAUUAGUAUUAACAUUAUUGAUUCCGAUAAUAUCUGCAUGUGCUUGUGCGCACACCUUUCUAGUAAUAGUCUACUGCAGUUCGACGAUUGCACCCGAACCGGCGAAGCCAUUUGUCCCAUGUGCCGGAACAUAAUUAAAAGGCAGCCCGUUGCUCAUCGAUAUAAACUGCUGUCAAAGCGUCUGAUGCUAACGCAGGACAUCAUAAUUAAUCGCAUUGAUACACAACACUUGAGCACGGACUCCGAGCGACUUUACGAAGAUCCCUACACUCCGGAAAGCACUGAGUCCCACUCGCCAUAUCCGGAAAUCACUAGCUCUUGUACCUCAACCUCGAGCAGUUCGCGCAGUCCUUUAGAACGUAGACUGGCCCCGGACAGAAUAUCAGAGAGUAAAGCUGGCGAUUCGGAUAUUUCGCCCUGCCCCGAAGUGGUUAUUCCAGUCGCCGAGAAACCCUCCCGGGGCACCGUAACUCCUGGCCAGCUAAAAUCACGGCUAGAGAACCUAAAGCGCUUAUCCAUCAAAGAUGAAGUCAAAGACGAAGACACAGUUGAUGAGGCGGGAGCGGGUGAUGUUGAACCAGUUGACGCUGUUUGCCCCCCAAGCUCUGAUCCAACGCGCCCAAAACGCAGCUCUAGUGUUAUUCCUAUGUGUUGUACUAUCCACUAAUUUCAGUUUUUUGUUAUUUCUAUUUAUAUUUCGUUCUUAAGAAAAGUAUUUUUAAACUGGCGAUUUAAAUUCCGCUUGUUUAAUCGCUAUUCAUUACCUUAUACUUAUUUUACGCCUGAUAUAUAGUAAUGCAUGCACGGAUUUACCAAAAAGUACGGCUAUGCUUAAACCUUAGCUUUUAAAUUUGUUGUUCUAACAAAAAAUAGUUUGUUAUUUAUACAAUUAUCUUAAGUAACGGAAAUCUCUAAGCUCUUUAUCAUUGAAACUCAAAUUUCUUUAUUAAAUCUCGUAUAUAUUCCCAUAACUUGCAGGCAAUUUGGGAGGUUAAAUCUUAUAAAAUCUCUUAUAAAAGUUUUUAUUUAGUAUGUGCCUUUUGUAUUUACUUUGUGUAAAUAUACUUGUAGACCUACCGGAAUCAUAUGUAAAUAUGUCGAACAGUUGUAGUUAUAAUUUGUAAUUUGUUUGCAUUUCAAAAGCCAAAUCGAAAUCUUAGCAAUCUUAUGUAUUCUGUUCCUUUUCGCAGUAGCAGCGAUUCAGCUUAAGCCCGUAUUAAACUAUUUCUUUGAAUCUGUGUUUUAAAUAUGUAUAUUGUUUAUGUGUUCGUCUUCUUUAAGAAAAUAAAUUACGUUUUUUACCUCA